AUGGGUAGUCCGGAAGAAAAUGUGAUUGCUUGUGAAAGCAACGUGGUUGACAAUGCUGAUAAUGAAACAGCUGGUGAGAUAUCGGAGACAGAAAUAGGUGAUGUUACCGAAACAUCAUCAAAUGUUAACGAGACCAGUGCUCUCAACUCGUGCGAUGCCAACACUUCCAAAGAAGGUGAUGCCUCGGGUGUGGGUACUUCAAAAAAGACGAAAAAGAAAUUUCGCCAUGGCAAGAAAGGUCAUACACCUGCCAAGGACAACCCAGAUAGAAGUACCAUACGGCGCGUGAAUUACAUUGGUACGAAGUUCAAACAAGGAAGGAAGAGGGCUCAGAGCUUUCCAUCAAUCUCAAAGUUUUUCCUACCACAUAAGAGACCACGCAAGGAAGUUUUUAUACCACCUACAAAAUUUUUGCUAGGUGGAAAUAUAUCAGAUCCCCUUAACCUGAAUAGUUUACAGGAUGAGGAUAUCAAUAGAGCUAUGAAUGCAGUCACUCCAGAAUCUUCACCUCUACCUACACCACCUCGGCAUAAGGCUAAGAUCGAUGUCAUAAUUCCUCCAAACAUAAGGGAUCCAUUAAAUUUGAUGGAGCCGUUAGAUAAUGAAGAGUAUGAGAAGAGACUGGAGAUGCAGCAACGCAAGCCACGCAAGAAGGCACGGCUAAGGAGACGCACAACAGACAACACAUCUCCAGUUACUGAGGAGCCUCCUGAAGUGGUAGUAGAAGGUAUCAAAGAGCCACCACCACCGAGCCAUCCACAUCUGCAUGUAAGUCACGCAAAAGAUCUUGUAGUGACAGUGAUAACAACUCUCAGAAAGUCAAAGAUCCUAAGAAGUUGCGUAGGAUGGAUUCAUUAGAUAAGAUAGUAAGCCCAGUAGUGCCUCAGCCAGGAGCAUGGAUGCGGGCGCGGCCCCAACAGCGCACUGCACCACCAGAGCGCCCUGCGUCACCACACCGCACUAAACUAAAGAGUAUCUCUGAUGAAGACCAGAAGCUUCCAACAUUUCACCCCAAAAAUUCAAGAUAUCAGUAUGGAAAUUAUGACAGGUAUUAUGGUUAUCGGAACUUGAAUGCUAUGAUGGAUAUUCGGCUGCAAGUAUUUGAGAUGCACAGACAUCUCUUCCAGAACAAAGAUGUGUUGGACAUUGGAUGUAAUGUAGGCCAUAUUUCCGUAGCAGUGGCACGGACACUGGGUGCCCGGUCAGUUGUGGGGAUGGACAUUGAUCCAGUGCUCAUAGGGAGAGCAAGAAAGAAUCUGAGGUCCUUUAUUCCAGUUCCAACUGAACCAAAGAGGGAUGACGACAAGAAAAUGGACUUGGAUGAUGAUAAAAAAGGAGAUUGUGAUAAGAGUAAGGAAGAGAAGUGUGAAGACUGCAGCAUUGAUCAGAAACUCGACAAACACGACGACUUGAAGAAGGUCUCUGCGAGAAAGAUGCGAAAACCUCGGAAGAAUAGGAAGGCUGUUCAGAAACAAGAACAAGGCCAAUGCUUCUUCCCCAUGUCAAUGACCAUGUUGUAUGGACCACUCGGAGACUCGAGCGCAGAAGUCACACCACCUGUUUUCCCCUACAAUGUCACGUUUAAGCAGGGAAAUUAUGUUCCUCGCGAGGAAGUUGCGGUCGGAAGCGGUCCUGACAGUCCUCAGUUUGAUCUGAUCUUGUGCUGUCUACCACCAAGUGGAUGCAUUUAAAUUGGGGCGACGCGGGCCUCAAACGUGCCUUCCGAAAAAUGUUUGCCGAUCUACGUCCUGGCGGGAAACUGGUGCUAGAAGCACAAAAUUGGGCUAGUUAUAAGAAAAAAAAGCGUCUAACGCCUACAAUAUAUGAAAACUUUAACUCCAUUGAGUUAUUCCCGAACAAAUUUCGAGAUUACUUGCUGUCACCUGAAGUGGGAUUCAGUAAGUGCUGCAUACUAGGUGUGCCUCAGCAUGCGAGCAAAGGUUUCCGGCGGCCAAUACAACUGUAUAUAAAGGGCGACUUCACGCCGAGUAAGGCGCGCUGGUCGGACGCGUACGCUCCGUCGUCGCACCAUCGGCCCGAGGCCGAGCCCCCGCGCCGCACGGUGUACGCGCCCGUGGCGCCCGCUUACCGGCCUAGUGAUGACGCCCCUUCCUGCGGUGCAGCGACGCCGUACUCUCCUAAUCUGGAUUGCUCCGCGGAUGAUUCGCCAUUUUACAACCCUCGUAGCGAUUCAUACGCGCCAUCGUAUCAGCCCCCGCGGCCCACGGUGUAUGCGACGCUGCCAUCCCCGCUGAACACCGCGUCGCCUGCCGCAUCGCCCGCGGCCUCGCCAGCGCCGCACGCUUCCCCGGCGCCGGAUCCACUAUCUGCUCGCGGUUUUCCUGAGCCGCGACCUCAUGAUGAUAAGUCACCGCAGAGCGGUGCCUUUGUUUAA